AUGACAACUGAGAUUCCUCUCGUCCUCGAUCAUGUUACACAUAAAUGGUCUAGCCCUUCAUUCUAUAUACUUGCUCGACAAGUACACAUCGAUCGUCCUAAUUAUCUGCCUAUUAUGUACAAUUCGGUCUUAAAAUCUUCUUCGAACAUUUCUUUGGUUUCCGAUGAAUCCAUGUCACCUGGAACAACAAAUGCCAGUCUGAUACCAGCUAUGCGGAAUGAUUAUAGUCUCGAUAGUGUCUGUUGUACAAAACGAACGUUGCAUACAUUUUCACAUAUGUGGAUUGUGGAGAAUUUCUCAUCAUAUUUGGAAGAUCCGGAACCAAUUAUCUGCCUAUCAUCAUCACCAUUUAGUCCGUUAACAGGCUGUAGCGUCUCGACACAAUGGCGUUUAGUUUGUUAUCCAAAAGGCAAUUAUGGUGCAUCGUCGAAUUAUAUGUCAAUCUUUCUUGAAUAUAUCAAAGGUGAACGUGACAUCAAAGCCAAGGCUGAGUAUUCAUUGGUUAAUCGCAAAUGUGAAUUGACCGAGAUGCGCAAAGAUGCUCAGUUUUCAAUUUACAAAUGUGGAAAUUCUCGUGGGUUUAUCAAUUAUGUCAAAUUCGAUACAUUAACGUUAGUCGAGAAUGAAACACUCGAUGAUGAUAAGUUAAAAAUCUAUGUACGAAUCACCAUCAUGGAUGAUGCGAUCACCGAAGAAACGAAAUAUCAAGAAUUUGACGACGGUGACAGUUUCAAUUAUGCCACACGUGGCUUUGAAAGUCUGGUCAAAGAUUUCGCUCAGCUUUUACUUCAAUCAACAGCAAAGAUGAGUGAUAUUACUAUUAAGGUUAGCGUGCCAUUUUCGGAUGCCACGGAUGAGCCUAUCGAAUCACCGGUUAUCUUCCAUGCACAUAAAUUAAUACUUGCUGCUCGUUCACCCGUGUUCGCAGCCAUGUUUUCUAAUCGUACUUUAGAAAACACGACCAAUGUCAUCGAAAUCAAUGAUUUACAUCCGAAUACUAUUCAAUCGAUGCUCGAAUACAUUUACACAGGCAAAGUAACUGACAUAAAGAAGUCCACCGUUGAGUUGUAUCGCUGCGCGGAUAAGUAUCAAUUAGAAGAUUUACGUUUACAAGCUGAGAUGGCUCUGAUGAAUUCGUUGUCCAUCGAUACAAGUGCAGAAAUCUUGCUACUUGCUGAUCAACAUCAUUCGGAAGAUUUGAAAUCACGUGUUAUUCAAUUUAUCGUCAGCGGAAAUCUCAAGGCUAUAACCCAAACAGAUGGCUGGCAUCGAUAUGUUGCUUGCACUCCUGAUCUAGUUACUGAAGUGAUUCAAGCAACCGCAGUUGAAUAA